GUCACUGAGGGCCUCGGGGCCAAUGGCGCCGGGACGGGCGCCGUGCUGAGCGCCGUGCUGAGCGCCGUGCUGAGCGCCAAGCGGGGGACGCUGGGACCGGCCAGGAGUUCAGCGAAGGGUUCUCGGAUCGGAGCGGUGCAGCGCCGCGGAAAAGGCCGGAGAUGGAAGAAUUCAGCAAUUCCGAGUCCAGAGCCCCGGAAUUCGAAAAUUUUCCAGAUUUCCACGUGACGGAGUCUCACGCGACUUUGAAAGUCAUCAAAAGGGAGGUAAAGCCAGUACGGAUGGAUCAGAGCCAGGGGCCCGAGGGGAGACCCAAGACUUUCUUCAGACAGGAUGCAUCCUCUGGAACCCGUGAGCACUUCCGCGAGUCUCGGAAAUCUCUGAAUUUUCACCGCCUUCUCAUUUUCUACGCAGUUCUUUUCUGGGCAGUUAUCGUCUGUAUCUUCUACCUGAGAUGCAAAACUUAUGUUCUGGAGAAGAGAAUUGAGUCCCUGGCCUCCUUCCUUGAAUCCUACGAUGCCGAAAGGAAGAUGUCAGAAAUGGGAUCCUGGAUGCUUGCCAACAUGAGCGUCGUCUGCGAGAAGCUGACGGCUAACGUCCUGAAAUUGGAAAAGGUACAAGACAACCUGCAGAAGCUGCUCAAGAAUGACAACUGACUGACCCGGCCCUUCCGGGUCAACCUGAUGCCUACAAUUCCCACUUUAGCAAGCCCACUCUGAGCCCCAGGAAGGAACCCAGCCGACGGAGACACCAUCAGCACCGAAUCCAAAGUGCAAGAAAGAGGGUUCUCGGGCAACCCGAGUUAAACGUGAUGCUCUGAGGAGUGUGUUUCAACGCCUCUCCUGAAGAGAGCUGAUCCUGUCUCUGGAGAAGGAAGGAUUCUGCAGGACCGCCCUGGAACUGGAUGUCUUCUGUUCCUGCAGAACGGCACCCCCUCAAUCUCCUGUUUCCUUCCCCUGUCUUUGGCCUUUAGUGCCCCGGCUCCCAACUCAAAAAUCCAGGCUCUGCCAAGUCUGUGGCCUGGUCCCCGAAAAAGGCAGGCAUCACAGCCCUACCAAACCACAUGGUGGAUCCGUUCCGACAAGCGGGUCUCCUGUGUGGUGGCUUUGUACUACUGUUCGUCUCCCCGUGAAGUAACCUGCAGGCUUUACUGUGCUCAGAGUGGGCUUGAAAAUCGUAGGAAACAAUGUAGGCUAAACCUCUUUAGUUUGAGUUUUGUUUUUGGCUAAGGUCGGUAGGUGUUUGUAGACAAUGUUCUAGUUACAGGAGUUUGGAGACAUGAGGCAGAAGGAUCGGAUUUGGUGAUUCCCAUCCUUCCAAAUCCCCCCACAACCUUCACAGGCAGUGUGGUGGCGAAUUAAAAAUUAGAUGUUGAAAUUUACAGUUUGGCUGUGUUCAAAACCUUUCCAAAGAGGAGUCUAUGUAGGGAGCACACAAGUCCAUGUCAACACUCAACUAUCUGAUGUUUUUCUCCUUGCUGCCUCAGAUUUAGAAAUACUUAGUCAUUUGCUAAUUUCAUUUACCAUUUGGGAUUUUGGGGCUGGUUCCCUUAAUUGUUUAGGAUUCUUUAGCAGCUUUAAAUAUAUUCAAUUUCUGUUA